AUGUUAGGUACGCGCUUGGAAUGCGACAAAGCUUUUUUCGACCACCGUUUUUCCGGUACAAUUGAUCAACUUCUGUUGAACACUUCAAACGACCGCCUUUUAGUCUCAGUCAUUGGGCAUUCAACUUUAUGGGAGAUUGUUGAUGACAGGGCAAAUUUACUAGUCUCCAAACCUGAUACCAGCGUAAUAUGGUCAAACGACUCUCGCAAUCCCAAUCAUUUAUUGGUUGUCUCGCGUGACGCACCUUGUACUUUUAGCACAUUCAACUGGGCAGAACUUUCUCGCGUGUCAUCCUUUGGCAUUGUGGAGCUUAGGCAGAAUGAAGUUCCUCAAUAUACAUUUACAGAUGUCAAGGACAAGCUUCUAGUCGAGUCAUCUUCUACCAAAACAAGAAGAAGGAUAGCUAUUUUUGAUAGCUCUCAGACAAAGCCUGAAGCUACCGGGCCUCCACCUUACUUGCCAGAACUUUUCUCAACAGAAAUUCGUAGUCUAGUGGGAAUAUUAGGCACAAGACUUCUUUUACUCGAUAAUGCUGCCUGGCUAUGCAGCAUUGAGUUGUCUCCAAAUGCGACGCAUAAACGUACUGGACGAGGAGUGCCGAAGGAUGGAACAUCGGACGAGAAACAGGCCCUGAGACAUUUUUUCGUCCCGGAUGACUGGCUGAGCACAAAUUGGCAGAUUAUCUUUCAGGUCCUCCCGAACGGGGAUCUUGUGUUUGUUAUUGGACAUGAGAUAGCGAUUAUUUCCAAAGCUCUAUAG